UAAUAAUAUUAAUAAUAAUGUACUCUGGUACUCAUCACUCAUGACAAAAUACUAAAUUAUGUAUUUAUAAUAUUUAUAUUAUUAACUCAUAAUUUUAAUAAUUGACAAUAUAACGUAUUUAAUAUUUUUAAUUUAUCCAAUAUAGUAAUAUACCUAUUUUCAAUUUUCUUAGGUAGCUAAUCUGGACAUAAGUUUUGCUUUAUUUUCUUAAAAUGGCUGUUAUUCAAAGAGUUGUGAAACCGAGAACAAAACGAGGUAAAAGAAUUUUGUUAAAAAAAGAACCUAAGAUUAUAGAAAACACAAAACAUUGUGUGUUUAUUCCUGGUCGUAAAUCAUCUUUAUUAGUCAGCAGCUGCAUGAAAGAUUUGCUGAAACUCAAAAAGCCAGAUGCUGUCAUGUUAACUCAAAAAAACGAUAUUCUACCAUUUGACGACGCCGUGCAAAUUGAAAAACUAUUGCAGAAACAUGAUUCAUCUUUAUUUUUUUUUUCAUCACACAAUAAGAAAAGACCAAACAAUUUGGUACUUGGCCGUACUUAUGACCAACACAUAUUGGAUAUGUUUGAAUUAGGGAUUGAAUCAUAUAAAGGGUGUAGUGAAUUCAAAGGUUUAUCUGAAAUCUCAGCUGGUGUAAAACCAGUUUUGGUUUUCUUAGGCGAACAAUUUGACAGUGAUCAACAACUAAAACGUGUACGCAAUCUAUUUAUUGAUAUGUUUCAAAGGCAACCACUCAAACAGAUAAGACCAAAUGGUAUUGAACAUGUCAUGUCUUUUACAGUAGUUGAUAGUAAAAUACUAUUACGUUCUUAUAGGACAGUUUUGACAAAAACCAGUUUAAAAACUCCACGUGUUGAGCUCCAUGAAGUUGGUCCAUCUGUUGACUUUGUAGUGAGAAGAGAUCAUAUGGCUAGUGCCGAUCUAUUUAAAACUGCAUGCAAAAGACCCAAUAUUAAGGGUAAGAAAAUCAAGAGUGUACGUCGUGACAAUUUCGGAUCUAAAUUGGGUCGUCUGCAUAUGACUAAGCAGGAUGUGAAUACAUUGCAGACAAGGAAAAUGAAGGGUUUGAAGAAAACGUACGCUGAGAGGAAAAUGAAAAGGAAGAGCGAUGAAGUUAAAAAUGGCCCAGCAGUCAAAAAACCUAAGGUUGCAACUCAGAGUAAAAAAUUGAAGAAAUUUAGUAAAAAAGGAAGGAAACUAAGAGGCGGACAAGUUUAACAAUUUUUUUAAAUUUUUAUAAUUUAUCUAUAAUAAUAAGAAAUACAAUUUAAAAAAAAGUCA